ACAUUAUGGGGUAUUGUGUGUAGAUCAGUGAUGCAAAAUCUCAAGUAAAAACAUUUAAAAUUCAAGCUGUAACACAACAAAAUUUGGAAAAAGCAAAAGUGGUGUGAGUUUUUAAAGGAAAUGUACGUGUCCUCAUUCUUGCCACAGAAACUCCACAGAAUAGUAAACCUACAGCCAAACUGUUUUGAUUGAGUUGACUAAAAUGACAAUAGUAACCUUUCAAUUGAAUUUCAACUCUUACUUCCUAUUUAACAGUGAUUUAUGCACCUAUCAUGGAAACCAUCUGCGAACAUGGCAGGGUUGGCAUUCCCUUCUGAAACCUUUUCCUAUUUUCAGUGGCCUGGAAGAAGGUUGUGGGCGGGAUUCUAAAUGAUCUGCCAUGAGGGAGUUUUCAAAUUUAGGGAGGUGACAAGUGAUGGACAUAAACCUGGGAGCCCAGUGACACAAAGAGACCUGGAGACCUUUCAUAGGACGGUCAUACAAGUUCCCUCUCUCCCCCUGAGUGGGGGGUAGGGGUCUCUCAUCGCAGGGCAGCUUAUUGUGGUGAAAGGGUUCAGUUCUAGGACUUCAUUAAGCCUCUCUAUUGUUAACAUCUGGGUGAGGAAGAAUGGGUCUUUCUCUGGUAAAUUGUGCCCCGGCUUUACAAGGGGAUUUUAUUACGCUACGACGUUGACAUUGGCAGCUACUGGCACGCCUGGCAAUGGAAAACCUUCAGCUGUUUCAGUCACAGGAGAUCAAUCAAAGCAGCCUGUUUCCCUGAAGCCUUAGAUUUCAUCCUGAAACGGGGAAGUGAGGGACCUAGAAUAAGCAGUGUGUGACUGUUCUUAUUCUAAAGCCCAGAGACUCUGCAAGCAAGUACUUCCCCCUUUGAGCGCUUUCUGACUGCUCAGCUCACACACAGUCGGUUGUAACACUGUCAGGCUAGUCCAGACAAAACACUUGCUCACACUUCAGUCCCCAGUGAACUACCUAGCCACUGACCCUCCCAUUCCAUCCAUGUGCCACUCUGUCUCACCCCCUCUUUUAGUAUCUCUCCCUCUCUCUCGUUGACUCUCUCUCUCUCUCCUCUCGCUCCUCUCUCUCAGUCUCCAUCCAUUCCCUGCUAGGGAUGCGGCUGCCAUAGCAACUGCUGAGUCACUCCCGGCUCUCUGCUCUCAGCUGCCGUCCUCAAAUGUGAUUGUUUUAGUGAGGGUGGCAACCAGGCCCUCAGUCAUCCAUCCCGCCUGCAUGCGUGAGCAUAUUGAUCAGAGUACUCCAACACGUAUAUUUGUUUCAGUCGAUUCAGUCGAACGUAAAGAUCCAUCACUGCGGGUGUCGGCGCUAGAUGACCCUGGGGGAGCUCUACAGGUCGAACGGGAGCCUUUCAGAUGGGUAACUUUCCCACCACGGUGAAGCACUGCCUGAGCUACGAGGAACUAAUCCAGGAUUAUCCAUGGCUAGCACGCUGGCUGCAGGAGGAGAAGCGAGCUUUAACACAAGAAUACCCAGAGUAUGUUAAAAUUGUUGAAGUCGGGCCAAGAGACGGACUUCAAAAUGAAAAGGAAAUGGUUCCAACAGGAGUCAAAAUCCAGCUGAUAGACAUGCUCUCAGAAACAGGCCUGCCUGUGAUCGAGGCCACCAGUUUUGUGUCUUCAAAGUGGGUACCGCAGAUGGCGGACCACACUGAAGUACUUCAAGCCAUCCACAGAUCUUCUCAUGUUCGUUAUCCAGUUCUGACACCCAACAUGCAUGGCUUUCAGGAUGCUGUUGCAGCUGGUGCUACUGAAGUGGCCGUGUUUGGGUCUGCAUCUGAGACCUUCAGUAGGAAAAACAUCAACUGCUCUAUAGAUGAGAGCAUUCUGAGGUUCGAGGAAGUCAUUUGCACUGCCAAACAACGACAGAUUCCAGUCCGUGGAUAUGUUUCUUGUGCACUAGGAUGUCCAUAUGAGGGACCCAUUGAAUCCACUAAAGUUGCAGAGGUGGUGAAGAGGUUAUAUGAACUGGGCUGCUACGAGGUGUCUCUGGGGGAUACUAUCGGCGUGGGCACCCCAGGCUCCAUGGCCAAGAUGUUACACAGCGUCAAGAAGGAGGUACCCAGCAGCGCUCUGGCCGUUCACUGCCAUGACACUUACGGCCAGGCCCUGGCCAACAUCCUAACCGCACUGCAGAUGGGGAUUUGUACAGUGGACUCGUCUGUAGCAGGUUUGGGAGGGUGCCCAUAUGCCCAGGGGGCCUCUGGCAACGUGUCAACAGAAGAUGUUCUCUAUAUGCUCCAUGGGAUGGGCAUUAAAACCGGAGUGGAUCUCUCCAAAGUAAUCGAGGCAGGUGACUUCAUCUGCAAAGCCUUAAACCGCAAGACCAACUCCAAGGUAGCCCAAGCAAGAGGCGAUUACUCUGUGCAUUGCCGCAUGAAGAAGAUAAAUACUUGACACCUUGUCCCUUUGAACAUUGUUCCUUUUCAUGCUGCAUAUAGAUAGCAAAUUAUACAAUACAAAGUGCACUAUACUUCAUUUUUUGUUUCAUUGUGUAUCCAUUUAGCAGAGGCACUUUAUUAAAGUGUUAAUGGAUAAGGCCUACUUAAAUUCAAGAAAUAACUGUAAACUUUUCAAACCGAAUAACUUGUAUCACUGUCUGAUAGGAGGUAAAAGAGAUGACUCCUCACUAAGUUGUGAAAGUUAUUCAUGAUGUUUCUGUUUGGGGACUCUUCCCAUUCAUUUCCAGCUCAAUGUGGUUACAAUUAGACAAGGGGACCUUAGAGGGUUAAGGGAGUCCUGCUGGGUUUAAAACCAGUGUGGGUCGAUCAUUAUCUCCCUCAAAAUGUAUUUUCAUUUCCUAAGUCGCUUGCUCUGUCAAGAUGGAAGUAUGUCUGCCUUCACAUGUGAAAUAUGUAUUUGUUUUCUCUCUCUUCAUCCUUCUCACCAGUGCAUGACCCCAUUCCAUAAGUUGGAUAAGGUCAUUCAUUAAUUGUAUUUUUUAGAGUUAAAUGGACAGUAGUUGGCAGCUUUAUGUUGAACUAUUGUAUUUGCAAUAGUCAGAAGGGACACAGGUAUUUUAGCUGGUGAAGCAUCUCAUCUGCUACUUUUGGUAGAAGUAGGCCUGACAAUAUCUAUAAGAAUACUGAACAAUAUCAAAUAUUGGUAAAUUAAAUCCCGACAUGAACUUUGUUGUAUAACAAAGCAUUUAACCUCCCUUCCACAGACAGUCCUCCUUUUUAAACACCUUACUCUCGCAGAAAAGUUGAGCAAAUGUCAAUAUCCAUGAGUAAAGUAUUUUAUUAAUUUGCUUUUUAAUAGUAAUGAAUGUACUGUAGUAUUAUGUAUUGUGUGAGUAUUAUGUAUUGAGUGACAAAGUGCUAUAAUAAUAAGUAAUAUAUUGAAUGUAUGUAGUGCCUUUAUUCUAUGGGUUCAAGAAGAGUGACAUAUAUAUGAUAAAUUAAAUGAAGAGUUAAUAGUUAAUAGCUAAUAAAUAGUUAGAAAAGUAAUUUUGUUUUUGCAAACCAAGGUAACUUGGUGAAUCCAACAUGCUUAUUACAUAAAGAUAAUAAAGGUUGAUUAAACAAA